CGUGUCCUGGGCUGUCUCUCUCACAUGACCCGAGUGUUUGUUCCCGUGAUCAGCACUUCCAUCUCCGUCUGUGACACCGAAUAUCACUUUUUAUUCUAACACUGAUGGAUAUGCUCGAACAGAGUCUGGAUAACGCAAGCCAAGAAAAGCAAGAAGAAGAGGCUGUCCAGACAUCUGAAGACGGAACAGGAGAAGAGCAGACAGCUGUUACAAUAGCCAGCGUUCAGCAGGCUGCGGCAUUUGGUGACCAUAACAUUCAGUAUCAGUUCAGGACUGAGGGUGGUCAGGUGACGUAUCGUGUUGUUCAGGUGACCGACCAGCACCUCGAGGGAAGAGAUGAUGGGGGAGGAGCAGUGAGCGUUGUCUCCACAGCCGCCUUCGCUGGGGCUCCUCAGGCUGUGGCUCAGGCUGUGAUCCAAAACCCUUUCAGUAAUGGAGGAAGCCCAGCAGGAGAGGCGGUGGGAGGGGAGACGCGCUUUGCUUACUUCCCCGCCACUGCAGUGAGCGACGGGACUGUGUCUGUGCAGGCCGCCACAGAUCCCACGCUAACACAAGCAGGAGGUCAGUUUUAUGUGAUGAUGACCCCCCCUGAUGUCAUUCAGACAGGGACGCCGCGAACAAUCGCCCCACGCACUCAGCCCUACCCUGCUGAAAUGAAUGAAAACUUCACCACCCUAUCUGCCGUUCCCAGAGAUGAAAACGAGCUGCUGCAGCACGAAGGUUUAAGCUGGAAAAUGGAUGGACCGCGGACACCCAGAGAUGAAAGGAGAAGAGCGCAACAUAAUGAAGUUGAGAGGCGGCGAAGAGACAAGAUAAACAACUGGAUUGUCACGCUUUCCAAGAUAAUCCCAGACUGCAAUAUGGACAGCACCAAGACAGGAGCAAGCAAAGGGGGCAUCCUGUCCAAAGCCUGUGACUACAUCCGAGAGCUCAGGCAAAGCAACCAGCGACUGCAGGAGGGUCUGAAGGAAGUGGAGAGGAUACAAGUGGACAAUGAGUUGUGCAGGCAGCAGAUUGAAGAGCUGAAGAAUGAAAACGCUUUGCUUCGAGCACAACUCCAGCAGCACGGCAUCGAGAUGGUUGGUGAGACGCCGCCGCAGUGAAGCAGACCAAAAAAAAAGAAAAAAAAAAGAACAGGGAGGGGCAGCACCGCCCAGACACACAACCGACAUGAUGGAACAGAAGGCGACAUAAUGCAAAAACAAGGACUUAUGAAGAAUCAAUUUCUUUUUAUUGUAAGCAUCCUCCUCUGGGCUCCCAGGUGGCAAUCCCUUCACCGGCCGAUUGUGGCUGUGCUUGACUGUCUCCAAUCCUGUUGAGAUAACCACCCGUUACGACUCAGUAGAAAUGUGCUCCAAGAAAAGCUGCCCGCUUGCCACCAUCAGAGUGCUUAACCAGCACCACCCAUGAAAGAGAAGCGCCUCUGAACUCCUCCCUUGUUUUGUAUUUAUGUGGACUACAUUGUUUGUUGUUUAAUUUUGCUCCCCAUCUGUGUAUUUUUCUCCAAAUGAUUAAUUUUGACUUAGUUAAUGCAUUUAUUCUGUUUGUGUUUUUGAGUUCAGUAUUAAUAUGUUGUUUUUAGCUGCUUUAAUUUAUUAGUCCGCUUGCUGACAGAAGCCUUGAUGGAGACCAGUUACGUUGAAGCUCACGCACUGCAGAGAAGCAGAUUGAAUUUUAAGUGAGGAAACAUCAAAGUGUGCAAAACACAACUCUACGGGCAGAAAUAAUUUGACACACAUAGCUUACCUAGACCCAAAGACAAACAAGGAGCCGUGCUGGCCAGAGCUUCUGGGCCGAUUUAUGAAAAUAUCUCAUGUUUUAAUACAGAUGUUACAGAACGGCCGAGCAGAUUAUGUCUAGGAGUAAACAAUCAAUAACUCAUUAACUUCAUGCUGGCCCUUUGUCGUGACGUGUGCAAUCUUGAAGCUUGGUGGUAUACUUGAAUUGUUGGGCAUUUGCUUUACCAGGAGCGGUAACUGAAAGUCACCGAAAUCACUUGUCAAGAACCAACUGUUCAAAUGCUAUCAAAUUAACAAACUGAGAUGUAAAAGUGAGGAACGUGUAGAGUACUGACGAGACCAGGUCGUUGGAUUAUGGCCUGGAGGGAAGAGCUUUUGCCAAACUAUCUAUAGGAACUGUGGGUUCUGCUUUUCAUCUUUUGUUCGUGUGUGAUUUACUGGUGUCUCAAUACGUGUAAGAAUAAUCCCCACAUGUUUCAUUUCAAGCUGUUUGCUCUAUUUUGGUAUUGCAACACUUCAAAUGGAGCUCGGCGCACAAAGGGGGCGGGCGGGCGGGGGGAGGCACCCUGGAGAGCUGUACUCAAAGACUCCCUGCUCACGGUGGAAAAGGAGUACACGGAAAUUCUGUGUUGCACUUUUGAGUUGAGCACAACUCGGUUCUCCGUGGGAAAAAGACAGAAUAGUCGGAAAGUGGGGAAACUUGGAAAUGAUCUCGCAUGUCUCCACCCACUCAGGCAAACAAUACGUAAACCGUAAUUGGCUGUACAAACAGCAAAAGCCAAUAUUAACAAUGUUGAUGAUUUUAUGAAUGAAUAUACAUGAUGUGUUUUUGUUCUGCUUCGGGCGAUGCGAGUGGAAGUGGAAGAAAGACGUCGAGCUUCGGAGCCUCUUUAGAUUACAGCACGAUGGCUUCUCCCUGUGUCAACAGCUCAGGAUCCAGCAAGGCAAAACCAACACCCAGACUCCUGGCGAAAUCAGGCAGACUAUCUCACAUUAAUAUCUCACACUGUGCAAGUUAACAGCUUGUGCUUUGGAUGUGCUGUUCUGCUACUUGUAGAUUCAAACCUGACAGUGCAAGUGUCUGAUCUAUCAAACUAGGCUCCUAGCCACAGUUGAAUGAUAGAUAUUUUGCAGUAGACUUUUUUUUUUUCCCCCUUUACACCUCAGUGAGAGGAGAGCAGAAAAUGUGAAUGUGAAGACAUGAAUAAUGCUUUGAUGGAUGAUAGAUGUUAACAAAUGAAAGGUCACUUCUGGCUAAUUUUUUUUUUCUUGUUUCUUUUUUGAAAUGGCAAAAGAAAGAAAGAAAAAGGCUCCUUCUCUCUCUGUAGCAGCCUCACUGUUCUCAGGUUAGAUUGUAAGACAUCUUUUUUAAUUAAAAUGUGGAAAAUAAAACUUUCACUAGCUAAUAA